GCAUCAGCUGGUUGUUUCGGGGCCACGUGGCGCAAGCGCAGUGUCUCCUUGUCGUGUUCCGUCUCUUGGGAAUUCUUAAAUGUCCGAGGAAAAGGCCCGCAACGCAUCGGGGAAGAUGGGAGGCGAGGAGAAGCGGGUAGAUGCCAGUGAAGAGAAGCGAAAGGAAGGAGGCAAGAAAAAGAACAAGGAAUCAUGUGGAGAUGGAGGCCGAGCAGAGUUGAAUCCUUGGCCUGAAUAUAUUAACACACGUCUCGAGAUGUAUAAUAAACUGAAAGCAGAGCAUGAUUCCAUUCUUGCCGAAAAGGCAGAAAAAGAUAGCAAGCCUAUCAAGGUCACUCUGCCUGAUGGUAAACAGGUCGAUGCAGAAUCCUGGAAAACUACUCCAUACCAAGUUGCUUGUGGAAUUAGUCAAGGUCUGGCGGACAACACUGUUAUUGCUAAAGUGAACAAAGUUGUUUGGGACCUAGACCGCCCUCUGGAGGAAGACUGUACUUUGGAGCUUCUCAAAUUUGAGGAUGAGGAAGCUCAAGCAGUGUAUUGGCACUCAAGUGCUCACAUAAUGGGUGAAGCCAUGGAAAGAGUUUAUGGUGGAUGUUUAUGUUAUGGCCCGCCAAUAGAAAAUGGAUUCUAUUAUGACAUGUACCUCGAGGAAGGGGGUGUGUCCAGCAAUGAUUUCUCUUCUUUGGAGACUUUAUGUAAGAAAAUAAUAAAAGAGAAACAAGCUUUUGAAAGAUUGGAAGUUAAGAAAGAAACUCUACUGGAAAUGUUUAAGUACAACAAGUUCAAAUGCCGCAUAUUGAAUGAAAAAGUAAAUACUCCAACCACAACCGUCUACAGGUGUGGCCCCUUGAUAGAUCUCUGUCGAGGUCCUCAUGUUAGACACACUGGCAAAAUUAAGACUUUAAAAAUACACAAGAAUUCUUCUACAUACUGGGAAGGCAAAGCUGAUAUGGAGAGUCUCCAGAGAAUUUACGGCAUUUCAUUCCCUGAUCCUAAAAUGUUGAAAGAGUGGGAGAAAUUCCAAGAGGAAGCUAAAAACCGAGAUCACAGGAAAAUUGGGAGGGACCAAGAACUAUAUUUCUUCCAUGAACUCAGCCCUGGAAGUUGCUUCUUCCUGCCAAAGGGAGCCUACAUUUAUAAUACACUUAUGGAAUUUAUCAGGAGUGAAUACCGGAAAAGAGGAUUCCAGGAGGUGGUCACCCCAAACAUCUAUAACAGCCGCCUCUGGAUGACCUCAGGACACUGGCAGCACUACAGCGAGAACAUGUUCUCUUUUGAGGUGGAGAAGGAGCUGUUUGCUCUUAAGCCCAUGAACUGCCCAGGACAUUGCCUGAUGUUUGAUCAUCGGCCACGAUCCUGGCGUGAGUUGCCUCUGCGAGUAGCUGAUUUUGGGGUCCUUCAUAGGAAUGAGCUGUCAGGAGCACUCACAGGACUCACCCGGGUACGAAGAUUCCAGCAGGACGAUGCACACAUAUUCUGUGCCAUGGAACAGAUUGAGGAUGAAAUAAAAGGUUGCUUGGAUUUCCUACGUACAGUAUACAAUGUGUUUGGAUUUUCCUUCAAACUGAACCUUUCCACUCGCCCAGAAAAAUUCCUUGGAGAUAUUGAAGUAUGGAAUCAAGCUGAGAAACAACUUGAAAACAGUUUGAAUGAAUUUGGUGAAAAGUGGGAGUUAAAUCCUGGUGAUGGUGCUUUCUAUGGCCCAAAGAUUGACAUACAGAUAAAGGAUGCGAUUGGACGCUAUCACCAGUGUGCAACCAUCCAACUGGAUUUUCAGUUGCCUAUUCGAUUUAAUCUUACUUAUGUAAGCCAUGAUGGUGAUGAUAAGAAAAGGCCAGUGAUUGUUCACCGAGCCAUCUUGGGGUCUGUGGAAAGAAUGAUUGCUAUCCUUACUGAAAACUAUGGGGGAAAAUGGCCUUUUUGGCUGUCUCCUCGUCAGGUAAUGGUAGUUCCAGUGGGACCAACGUGUGAUGACUAUGCCCAAAAGGUAAGGCAACAAUUCCACGAUGCUAAAUUCAUGGCAGACAUUGAUCUGGACCCAGGCUGUACAUUGAAUAAGAAGAUCAGAAAUGCACAGUUAGCACAGUAUAACUUCAUCCUGGUUGUUGGUGAAAAAGAGAAAAGCAGUGGCACAGUUAAUAUCCGCACAAGGGACAAUAAGGUCCACGGGGAGCGCACUGUUUCUGAAACCAUCGAGCGGCUACAGCAGCUGAAGCAGUCCCGAAGCAAGCAGGCUGAAGAAGAAUUUUAACAGAGAACUCUGCCCAGAUUGAGUUGAGUGGUGCUUCCAGAACAUUCACUUUUACUCCGGAGAACAUCAGCCCAACUGGACUGUGAGCAGUCCUGCUAAAUGUGCACAGAUGACUAGAAGAUCAAUCUUUUCUGACCUAGGCAGAUUUUAGACCAUGUGUGUUUGAUGGCAUUGAGACCCAUUAAAACUUUUAUUCAUUAAAUGUCUGAGCAGUAGAAACGAAACAGGAGGAAUGGUUUAUUGUCAUGUAGGAAAACUUGUUUAAAUGUUAUCAGUUCAGAAAUAAGAUAAUUUGAAUUUGACUAAGGUGGAAGAACAUUAUGAUGUAAAAUAAAAACUUUUAUUAACAUGAUUA